AUGGUCACAUUAUGCGAUGAUAAUAACUGCAUGGUCACAUUAUGCGAUGAUAAUAACUGCAUUGUCACAGUAUGCGAUGAUAAUAACUGCAUGGUCACAUUAUGCAAUGAUAAUAACUGCAUGGUCACAUUAUGCGAUGAUAAUAACUGCAUGGUCACAUUAUGCGAUGAUAAUAACUGCAUGGUCACAUUAUGCGAUGAUAAUAACUGCAUUGUCACAGUAUGCGAUGAUAAUAACUGCAUGGUCACAUUAUGCAAUGAUAAUAACUGCAUGGUCACAUUAUGCGAUGAUAAUAACUGCAUUGUCACAGUAUGCGAUGAUAAUAACUGCAUGGUCACAGUAUGCGAAGAUAAUAACUGCAUGGUCACAUUAUGCGAUGAUAAUAACUGCAUUGUCACAGUAUGCGAUGAUAAUAACUGCAUGGUCACAUUAUGCGAUGAUAAUAACUGCAUGGUCACAUUAUGCGAUGAUAAUAACUGCAUUGUCACAGUAUGCGAUGAUAAUAACUGCAUGGUCACAUUAUGCAAUGAUAAUAACUGCAUGGUCACAUUAUGCGAUGAUAAUAACUGCAUGGUCACAUUAUGCGAUGAUAAUAACUGCAUGGUCACAUUAUGCGAUGAUAAUAACUGCAUUGACACAGUAUGCGAUGAUAAUAACUGCAUGGUCACAUUAUGCAAUGAUAAUAACUGCAUGGUCACAUUAUGCGAUGAUAAUAACUGCAUUGUCACAGUAUGCGAUGAUAAUAACUGCAUGGUCACAUUAUGCAAUGAUAAUAACUGCAUUGUCACAGUAUGCGAUGAUAAUAACUGCAUGGUCACAUUAUGCAAUGAUAAUAACUGCAUGGUCACAGUAUGCGAUGAUAAUAACUGCAUGGUCACAUUAUGCGAUGAUAAUAACUGCAUGGUCACAGUAUGCGAAGAUAAUAACUGCAUGGUCACAUUAUGCGAUGAUAAUAACUGCAUGGUCACAUUAUGCGAUGAUAAUAACUGCAUGGUCACAUUAUGCGAUGAUAAUAACUGCAUUGUCACAGUAUGCGAUGAUAAUAACUGCAUGGUCACAGUAUGCGAAGAUAAUAACUGCAUGGUCACAUUAUGCGAUGAUAAUAACUGCAUGGUCACAGUAUGCGAUGAUAAUAACUGCAUGGUCACAUUAUGCGAUGAUAAUAACUGCAUGGUCACAUUAUGCGAUGAUAAUAACUGCAUGGUCACAUUAUGCGAUGAUAAUAACUGCAUGGUCACAUUAUGCGAUGAUAAUAACUGCAUAUGA